AUAAGAUCAGAUCACUUCCUGGCCAUCCAUCUCCCCAAAAACCCUUUCCGAGAGUUAUUUCAAAAGGGAAUAUAUUCCAUUUCAAAUGUCCCAAAAACCAGUUGUAGGCCUCCUUGGAGGAGGCCAGUUGGGCCGCAUGCUUUGCGAGGCAGCAGGACCCCUUGGCUUCCCCAUUGCCAUACUUGACGAGGGAAACAGUCCUGCCAAGCAGGCCCUCCAUGGGCCGCACGUUGACGGCUCCUUCAAGGACCCUCAGAAAAUCCGCGAACUCGCCAGGAAGUGCGACGUGCUCACCGUCGAGAUCGAGCACGUCGACACCGAGGUCCUGGAGGAAAUCGCUACCAAAGGUGUCGAGGUUGAAGGGUCCAUGAAAAAGAUCCCGGUGAACCCCUCAUGGGAGACGAUCCGCCUGAUCCAGGACAAGUUCCUCCAGAAAGAGCACUACAGGAAACACAAGCUGCCGAUCGCGGAGCAGGUAGCUAUCGAGUCGGGAGACGCCAUGCUGCCAUCGCUCAAGGAGGCCGGGCGUAAGUUUGGUUACCCUCUGAUGCUCAAGGCACGAAAGGGCUCCUACGAUGGUCGGGGUAACUUUAAAAUAUCAAGCGAGGCAGACCUGGAGCAGGCCGUCAAGGAACUUGGCUCUUUAUCUCUUUACGCUGAGAAGUGGUGCAAAUUCGUCCAAGAGCUCGCCGUCAUGGCCGUCAGGACUGAGGAUGACCAAGGAAACCUGAAAUCCCUGGCAGCAUACCCUGCCGUUGAGACCAUCCACGAGGACAGCAUUUGCACCAAGACGUUCAUGCCGCCCAGGAAUGUGUCGGUCGAAAUCUGUGAGAAGGCCAGAGAAACAGCACGCCAAGUCAUCUCAACUAUCUCUGGGAGGGGUGUCUUUGCCGUCGAGAUGUUUUUACUGGAAGACAGUUCCAUCUUGGUCAACGAGGUCGCACCGAGGCCUCAUAAUUCUGGUCAUUACACCAUCGAGGCCGUGCCAUACUUUUCGCAAUACAAAGCUCAGCUAUACGCCCUUCUGGAUCUGCCCAUACCAAAACAGCUGAAGCCUCGGGUUGCUUCCGCAAUCAUGAUAAACAUUCUUGGUGGCGCUGGGCCCGAGUCCCACAACGACCUGGUAGAGACUGCAGCCCGCUCAUUCGAAGACGACGUCGACGUCUACGUUCACCUUUACGGCAAGGCUAGCAAGCCCGGAAGGAAGAUUGGCCACAUCACCAUCACAUCAGAGCUCGGCAUUGCAGAGCUACAGAAAAAGUCGGAGCAUUUGUUCGUCCUGGCUGAUGCGAUGCGGGCAGAGCGCCUGAAGGCGGCAUCUGCGCAGUUGAGGCCACAAGAAUCAGUCGUCAAGUCGGGCCCCGGUGCAACCCCAGCUAAGACGGAUGCACUGGUGCUCGUGACCAUGGGGUCGGAUUCGGAUUUGCCUGUGAUGAAGGCAGGUCUUGACAUCCUGAAGCAAUUUGGGGUGCCGUACGAAGUGAGGAUCACGUCUGCCCACAGGACGCCGAACCUGAUGGGAGAUGUGGCUGCCCAGGCCGCAGGUCGCGGAAUCAAGGUAGCCAUUGCUGCGGCUGGCGGCGCUGCCCAUCUACCCGGCAUGUUUGCAUCCCACUGCCCCAUCCCAGUGAUCGGUGUGCCUGUCAAGGCCACUCACUUGGACGGGCAGGACAGCCUUCUCAGCAUCGUACAGAUGCCCAGGGGUGUCCCCGUGGCCACGGUAGGCAUCAACAACUCCACCAACGCGGCGCUCCUUGCCAUCCGCAUGCUUGGGUCUUUCAUUCCCAAAUACCAAGACCAGAUGAAGAGUUACCAACAGGACAUGGAAGAUGCCGUCUUGGCCAAGGAUGAGGAGCUACGUGGUAUCGGGUAUGAGUCUUACCUCGCCAAAAUGGCAAUUCCGAAUAGGGCGAAUCCUGGGCAAGCUGGCAUCCCGAAACGGGCGAUGGCUCCAUGCGGUUCUGACAAGGUCUCCGUUUUGAGGGGCAAUGGGGGGCCACGAGAGACAACCCUGGCGAACGAUUACGAUUCAAUGCGUGGGCGCACAAGACGAGCGCAUACUAAGUCAUCCAAUGGCUGUCUCGCAUGUAAACAGAGGCACAUAAAGUGCGACGAGGGAGGCCCGCCCUGCUCCAAUUGCAUCAUCCGCAAGGCCGCCUCCGCCUGCACAUAUCCGAGCCGGCGGACCUCUCGGCCCGUCUCGGCGACGUCGCCGGGGCAGCUCAGCACCUGUAGUAGUAGCAGCAGCGGCAGCUCAGGUAGCUCAAGCAGCUCAGGCAGCUCAGGCAGUCUUAGCGACACCAACAUGACGGCCGCAAUGUUCGCCAACUGGAAGCGCGACCCGGCCAUGAUAGCUCCGGAUCCCAUGGACCCGCUGAUGAGCCCGAUCCACGCCAGGCCAUGGACGCCCUCGCCACGCUCAUUCUCGAGCUCCGCCGAGGAUGUCACCACUAGCACCGCCAGCAUCCUCGGCGGCGGGUUCCUUUCCAGGACCCCAUCGCCGGACCGGCAGCGCCUCGAGCUGGAGCUGUUUCACCGGUGGUCGUCGCAUACGUACCGCGGCUUAUGCAUCCUGCCCGAGUGCGCGAGCUACUUCGCCACGGCGCUGCCGCGGUCCAUGCUCCAGCACGAUUUUAUGCUCAGCGCCGUCCUGGCCCUGUCGGCCCUCGACAUCGCCGUCUCCAACGUCGACCGCGGCCGCGAAGUAGAGGGCAGGAGGUAUUUGCAAGCCGCCUUCGAGUACUGCACCGCUGCGACGGAACAAUUCCGCGGCGCCAUAGGGAGCGGUGACGCCAGUAGUGGUGAUGGUGGCGAUUAUGAAAGCGGCAGCGGCGACGAUAGCACAGUCAAGGUGGGAACCGUGCCCGUCACGCGCGACAACAUCGACGUCUUUACCCACUUUGCCACCCUCAACGGCUUCUUCCACCUCGCUCUGCCGUCGGUGUACGGCGCCAGCCGUCUGCCCGUGCACAGUGGGAUCAGGAGGAGUAAUAGUAUAAGUAGCAACAGCAGUAGUAGUGUUAGUAAUGUGAGCUUAAAUAGUAGCAGCGUCCACAGCAGCGGCGGCGGCGGCGGCGGCGGCGGCACCCCCGGAAAAGGCGGCAUCAUCAGCACAGACGACCCACCCCCACUCAUCCCACCCCCGGACGAGCUGAUACAGUCGACGCCGGGCAUCUCGCGCUUCCACUCGUACCUGUGCAUGUUUGCCGGCUCGGUCCACACGGCCUCGCUCAACUGGGAAUGGUACAUGUCGAGUCCCGCGGGGUCUUCGCCACGGCUCCUCGCGGCCGCCGCCGCGGCCACGGACAAGGACUGGGAGGCGCGCGAGCUGAUCGACCCGGAGACGCGGGCGAUGCUGCACCGAGCGGAGCGCAUCGCGCGCACGGUCCGCGUCUCGUCGUGGCGCCAAGGCCGCGCCGUGGUCGGCGACGACGGCGCCGGCCUGAGCGGCGACCAGGUGUUUUGGGAGAUACCUUCGUACCGCGGGGCCGUGGCCUCGCUGGCCGAGAAGUUUGCCGAGCUCGAGCUCGGCCGCAUGGUCGCCCCCUUUCGCGUCAUGGUCGGCGGCAGCACCCACACCGGCCGCCGCCUGGUCGCCGGCGACGACGAGCAGCUGCAGCGCGCCCUCGGCGGCGAGUACCUCGUCGGCCUGGGCAGCCGCGAGCCCGUCGCGCUCAUCGUCGCCAUCUUCAUCUUUGUCUGCGUCGCCCGCAGCCUCAAGGCCCGCUACGGCGCCAUGUUGUGGUGGGUCAGGACCCUCGCCGUCGAGGUUAUCGAAGAGGCGACGACGAUAUGCAUGCGCGAGAUUGGCUACCUCGAGGACACGAGGGAGGUUUGCAAAUGGGCGAGGAAGGAUGUCGGGUUAGAUCCAUUAUAG